AAGCGCUAGCGCCGCGUAAUAUCUGCAGACGACACGGGAAUGACGGGUGCUGCUGAACACAUUGAAUUGCUGAACAACAUUUUUUUAUUUUAUUUAGAAAAUGUCAUUUCUAUACUUUGCAUACGGAAGUAAUCUACUCCGUGAGAGGCUUCAUGUGAACAAUCCGUCUGCGGUUUUUGUAGCUGCAGCCAAGUUAAAUAACUACAGGCUGCAAUUCUGCGUCAAGGGACAAUGGAACAAUAACACACGAUGGAAGGGUGGUGCGGCGACCAUUGAGCAAUCCGAGGGGGACUCUGUCUGGGGUGUGGUCUGGAAACUGGAGAAGUCGGACCUUAAGAGUCUGGAUGUUCAGGAGGGUGUGCAUACACGUGUGUACCGUCGCCUGGAUACCCUCCAAGUCACCACGGCAACGGACCAAUCCAUUUUGGAAUGCAUCAGCUACCAGUUCAUGGAGCCCCUCUUCGUUAAACCUUCCCCCUACUAUCUCAAAGUGUUACAGACGGGUGCACUGCAGCACGGUCUGCCUGUUGAAUACCGCCGAUUUCUGGACUCCAUUGAGCACAACGGGUACGAUGGGCCUUUACCAAUAUUCGAUGACAUCAUGAGGAAUGUAAAGCUUUAAUCUGUUAUUCAUAAAUACUUUAAACAGUUUACCCAUUCCUAUUGGUCGAGAGCCCAUCAGGUGGCUGGUCUUAAACAGAUGAUAAAGACAUGGCUAGCUGGUCUAAAACACUUUUCCAGUGUCAAAUGAAAUUUGGACUCCAAAAAAUCCAGUACCUCUUACCGUUUUAUCGGUUGAACGUUCACAAUCCUCACGUAGGCAUGCGCAAUACUACCAGUGAGUCAGUAUUUUAUAGUCCCAAAUUCACAACGCAACGCCCCAGGUGCAUUCUGCUCGACAUCAGGCAGUACGCGCCCCAAUCUCCAUAGAAGGAGUUGUUUACAUCUCAUUCGAGAGCUGGACACUCCAUUGUUAAGCUAGAGGGGUGUUUCAUAAAACAUGAAGUGAACUUGUUGAACAAAAUCUGGGUUUUUGACCGAAAAGUUUUGAUUUUUUUUUACCGGAAAGGUAUUUAUGAAUGGGAAUAAAUAUGUGCUUUGUCGGUAUUUAUCACUCUGUUUAAGACCGCUUGGAGUCUGGGUGGUGAUAAUUACCCUUGUCGAAAGCACCCAGACUCAAAGCGGUCUUAAACAGAGUGAUUAAAACCUACAAAGCACACAUUUAUUCCCUUAAUAAUUUUGAGGUAGCAGUCGGUGAGAGAUGCUAAAAUGCAGCUAAUGGAAAAUAUAAUAAUGAAAAUGCUAUAGUAAUAUUGUAUAUACUUUCUUUUGGGUGCAAAGACAUGCUUUCUUUUGGGUGCAGAGACUUUAUAAUUUAAUUCCUGGAUUACUUUUAUUUAAUGCACUGAAAUCUCUUUGAACUUAAGCUUUUACAAAAAUUUGCCUUUUUAACAAUUCAUAUGAUCAUUAUCAUUAAGCGAUGACUUGAACACUGAAGAAAUAAUUUUGGAACUAUUUUAAAUGGUAUUUAGCUUUUUGAUCUAUUAUGGUCUGGGACUUGUUGUUUUAUACUUAAUUAUGGGUUUGUAGCAUGUAUAUUAAUAUUGGAUUCCAUCACGUUGAUAAGAAAUAUUUAGAUACAUUUUGAAAUAAAAAAAUUUGCAGCGAUGUAGCGACAUCUUCAUUCAGCAUACUCCGGUCAUGUGACCACCUUUUGGGCCAUCACACUUGACUACAUCCCUGUUUGGAAUUCUAAAUAUGAUGAAGAUGUCGCGAUGACACCGAAAGCUAUGUCGCUGCAAUAUUUUUGAUUCCAAAAAGGUAUCUAAAUAUUUCUUAAUUAUGGGUUUGUCAAGUAGAAUGAAAAAGUUGGCAGGAAUGUAUAAGUCAAUCACAAGUCCACCAGUCGCAAUUCAACUCGCAAGCUAUUCAACUCACAAGCUAUUCAAACAAACUUUGACAAAGGUAUUCCUUUGUUAAUCAUUCAUUGUUUCUUUUGUUACUGGACUUGUGAUGGACUCGACUACAUGCCUGAAAGUUGGUAUUCUGAAUAUGUUGUGAGGUUCAUCAAUAAACCUAUAUUGUACCUGCAGCCGAUUUCACGAAACCUUAAACAUUUCACUUAUGACACAUUUCACAAAAAAUGGAUAGUGCGUAAGUCCGCAACUUGUCAACCUCGUCCCCAGUGCUUACUUUAUUUCCAACACGGUUUCCAAUAGUAAACCUGGAUAGGAAACUUUCUUCCUGUAUCCCGAUUCGAUACCGCAAUUUUAUACCGCGUAAUUUUAUUGCGCAGAAAGCCUUACGCAUGGCUCAAACUGAGCACUUUUUCGUAAAAUCAGCUGCUGGUGAUCUGAAUAAGGGAUGUAAGUUCUCUUACAAUUGCACCUCUAUUUGAAUUUCUUGUAUUUUCAGAUGCAUCUGAUACCUUUAUAUUUAAUACACUAUAUAUUUAAAUUAUAGACUUUUUUAAAAUACCAAAUGUCAUUCCUGAUUUUUUUUACUGCUAGUCUGGUUUUUGAAUCAGCUGUAUAUUUUCUGUUUAUGUAAAAAAAAAAAAAUAGCUCUGAGACAUCACAAGGCUAGAUGCUGUUUGCCACAAUGCAUUCUGGGAGCUGGGGGGGGGGGGAGGCGGUCAAGAUAAGGUCGUGCACUUACUGGGUACCUGAGAACUCGACUGCUGAUGUCAGGAACUGGUUCCAGAUUAUGGGAUCAGGUACCCGUAACCAACUUGGCAACUUCGUAGACAAUGAAAAAAGGAAAAGGGUUUUGAAUGUCAUUUGUGGGGAAUUCUCAAAAUGAAUACCAAGCUACUUGGAAAACUAAAAUAGAGUUCACAUUUAUGUGUAUUUUAAAGUUGCAAAUUCUUUAGCCUGCACUGUACACACUUGUAUCUUGCUGCAUUGACGCACCAAUGUGGUAGUGAUAUUGUGCGCACCUUUAUUUGAAGUUUGAACAGCAAAUUCCAGGAUUUGAAUUUGGGGGUUUUGGUUUCCUUUACCAGUAGUCGAGUACCCGUGUUUUACUUCAAUAGGGUACCUGGUUCCCGUAUUACCCUUUAUUACAAACUGCUUGUUCAUAAUGAACAUUGUCGGGAUGUGAUUUUGAACGCGCAUUUCCCCCACCCUCAACCACACCCCUCCCACCCACCCCA